AUGGGGGUCGGAACAGCAUUGGUCGGCGUGGUCUUCGGCAUGCAGCAGGCGAAAAACCGAGGGGCAUCCGCGCAGGAAGAGGCCGCCCCUUCCGAGGCAGCUGCCAAGCCGAAGGCAAAGCCCAAGGCCAAAAGUGGGGCCGAGGCCAAAGCAAAGCCGAAGCCCAAGGCCGCAUCCUCGUGA